AUGGCGGCGUUGGCAACCUUCGGGAGAUCCAGCAUCUCACAUCUGUCAGCCACAGAUCAAAUUGCCCAUACCGUACCCAGCGCGUCCGUAGGCGUCUGCAUGGAGCUUCUGGUCUGCACGAUCAAACCCAUGGGGGAAGCCCGACUCUGCAUCCGCGUGCUUCCCUCCGGUCGCUUCUCAUUCGAUGUGCAACCGUCGGCUCUCGCUGAAGCAUCGAACUCCGGCAUCGGUGGCUUCUCUAGCUUGUACUCGGUCGUCUUCGAAACACUAGAUGAUGGAGAAGCGCACAUUCUGCGAGUGUACACCACACUGAACAGCGGCCACGCGCAAGCGGCCAACCACUACCAAGGUGCUUCUGAGGGCUCGAAUGCCUCAGGUGAGAUAACCUGA